AUGGCUGAGUCUAAAGAGGAUCAAGCGAAGCCUUUAUCCCCAUUAUCUCUCAAUAUCCGAAGCGACCAACCAAUCGAAGAUCAUUACCACCACGACCGAACCAAACAACACGUUCACUCACGGACCAAACUCAUCCUAUGUUGCGGUCUCGUAGCAUCUCUAACUCUGCUCAUCGCAGUCACCUUCAUCGUCCUCUCUCUCACUGUUUUCCAUCUCCAUAACCCAAAUCUCACCGUAAAUUCCAUUUCCUUCAUCCAACCGUCGUUCAACGGAGAAGUCAACACGACCCAAAACGCUACGGUCUCAGUGGGGAUCUCAUUACGUAAUCCGAAUCCGGCGUCGUUUAAAGUAAAAGAAGUUACGGUUUUGUUUCACUAUGGUGACUUGGUGGAGGUUGGGAAAAGUAGUAGACGAAGUGAAACUAUUCCGGCGAAACGGACGGUUAAGAUGAAUCUGACGGCUGAGAUUGUUACAACAAAGCUACUAGCAUCAGUUCCAGGUUUCACGGAGGAUUUAAACGGAAGAGGAGUGGAACUGAAAAGCAGUGUUGGAAUCAUUGGUAAAGUGAAGCUAUCGAAGAUUUUCAAGAAAUCUGUUCAUCUUAUAACGGAUUGUAACAUGACGAUGAUGAUGAACAAUUUCUCACAGCCUACAUUUCACUGUUCGAGGACAAGAAAUGCCUACGAACAUGUUACAACCUAA